GGAACUUCUCAAGGACUGUUUUUGGAUCUCCUUCCAUCAUACUUCUUCCAGUAGCAUGGAUUUGGUUGGUGAUCUGGAUCCAUUUUUUCUGUUAUACAUCCAUUAUGUUUGGAAGUUAUUAAGCCCCCCUUCAUAUUAGGGAAAAAACAUGUCAUGUGUUCUAUGUAUUACCUUCUUUUUGGGCUGGGGAAAAGGCCACAAAAAGAAGUUUUUUCUCUCCCCCCGCCACCACCCUUAAUUCACACAAAGUGCUUGUUGGAUGAAAAUCAUGAAACAAGUAACCAGGUGCCAGUAGUGUUGCUUCUAGAAAUCCAGCUCCAGUUCCUUCAACAAACCUCUUCAUCUCUGGUGCUUCCAUGUGCUCAAGUGAUGUAUUUAUUUUUUGUCAGUGAGAUGUGUUAAUAUGCUUGUUAGCAAGUUUGACUUGAACAAAGGUGGAGAUUAGUAUCAGCUUCUGAAGCAUCAAUCUCAAUUUUCUUGUUAAUAAAGAAGAAGAAGGAAUAAAAAAUCGAUCCGACUUCAUAUUAUAAGGUGAACUAUGUUAUCGUCAAUGAGGAAAUGUUUGUCAUUUCGAAGAUUUUUAGUGUUGGAAUCCUAUUCAUCUUCCUCUCUCCAUAGACAUCAAUGUUUCUCUCCUCUAUAUAUUCUCCCUUCUCCGUUUAUCCAUGAAGCUUCAAGAGCUCCUGACUUGUCGGCAACAGUAGCAUCUGCUCAUAGGGUUUUCUGCUCUCGGUCUUCGAUUAUCGAUGAUGCUCAAGGACCUGCUGCCAUUGAUUAUCGUUCUAUACUUGAGGAGGAUGAGUUUCACUGCGUGGCUGAUGCUACAAUAAAUGAUUUGCAAGAGAAAUUGGAGGAAUAUGGUGAUUCCAUCCAAAUUGAUGGUUUUGACAUUGAUUAUGCGAAUCAGGUUUUGACACUGAAGCUUGGGAAUUCGGGUACCUAUGUGUUAAACAAGCAAACACCAAAUAGGCAGAUUUGGUUGUCUUCUCCAGUGAGUGGUCCAUCUAGGUUUGAUUGGGACAGGAGUGGUCAAUCUUGGAUUUAUAGGCGAACGAAAGCAAAUUUAAUACAACUUUUGGAAAUUGAAUUGGAACAACUUUGUGGUAAACCUAUUUCUCUAUCGUAACUUCUUGUAAAUGCAACUCCUGUGAAGCAGGGGUACGGCUGUGUACAUGCCCUCCCAGACCUUGCAGUAGCGGUGGAGCCUCGUGCACUUGGUUGCUCUUUUUUUGAAAAAAAUUCUUGUAAACGCCGCUACUUUAGUGGCACUGACUUUGGAUGUUGGAUUUAUGCUUGGUUACUUGAUUUCCUUCGGUCAACUUCAUGAAUAUUGUGUAUCAAUGUCCUGUUCAGUUUUUUGGCUGGAGCUUGAACAGUUAAUUUUCACAUAAAUGAAAGCAGUCUUUCCCUUUUCAGAAAGAGAAAUAUGACA